UCAAAUUAAAAUUAUGCUCAUUUUGAUGUGACGUUUGUCAUUACUAAAAAUCUAAAUACGCGUGUUUUCAACAUAAAUACAAGAUGACGAAAAAGAAAAUAUUGCCAAAUCUAUCAAAAGAGGAAAAGAUGGUGAUUGUUAUAUCUGAAAUAAUACAAGAAUUGUUAAUCGCCCAUCGUCAAGGAAAAGAUGUUAACCUCAACAAGAUGAAAACACGGAUUUCUUCAAAGUAUGGGCUGGGCACGUCUCCAAGACUAGUCGAUAUAAUAGCUGCAGUUCCUGCUGACGCUAAGAGUAUCCUUCUACCGAAAUUGAAGGCAAAACCCAUACGCACAGCAUCAGGGAUUGCAGUUGUAGCUGUUAUGUGCAAACCUCAUCGUUGUCCGCAUAUAAACUUCACUGGUAACAUUUGUGUUUACUGCCCUGGGGGUCCUGAUUCGGAUUUUGAAUAUUCUACCCAGAGUUAUACUGGCUAUGAGCCUACUUCGAUGCGAGCUAUUAGAGCCAGAUACAACCCAUAUUUACAAACACGUCACAGAGUUGAACAGCUGAAGCAACUUGGCCAUAGUGUUGAUAAAGUUGAAUUUAUUGUUAUGGGAGGUACUUUUAUGAGUCUUCCUGAAGAUUAUAGGGACUAUUUUAUUAGAAAUCUACAUGAUGCACUCUCGGGUCAUACGUCAGGUAAUGUAGCUGAGGCUGUAAAGUAUUCUGAAAGGGCUAAAACAAAAUGCAUCGGUAUAACAAUUGAGACCCGGCCGGACUAUUGCCUUCAACGACACAUGAGUGAUAUGCUGAAUUAUGGAUGCACCAGAUUGGAAAUUGGUGUACAGUCGGUAUAUGAAGAUAUUGCUAGAGACACCAAUAGAGGUCACACUGUGAAGGCUGUGUGUGAAAAUUUUAAUCUGGCUAAGGAUGCUGGAUACAAGAUUGUAGCACAUAUGAUGCCAGAUCUUCCCAAUGUUGAUUUUGAACGAGAUGUUGAGCAAUUUAAGGAGUUCUUUGAGAAUCCUGCAUUCAGAGCCGAUGGCCUGAAGAUCUACCCAACAUUGGUUAUAAGGGGAACGGGUCUGUAUGAACUGUGGAAGACUGGGAGAUACAGGAGCUAUCCUCCUUCUACUCUAGUGGAUUUGAUUGCUAAGAUAUUGGCUCUGGUUCCACCAUGGACGAGGGUGUAUAGAGUUCAACGAGACAUUCCAAUGCCAUUGGUAUCGUCUGGUGUUGAACAUGGCAACCUUCGGGAGCUGGCUUUAGCUCGCAUGGCAGAUCUUGGCACUGAUUGCAGGGAUGUUCGUACCCGAGAAGUUGGGAUACAAGAGAUACAUAAUAAAGUCAGGCCAUAUGAGGUGGAAUUAAUUAGGCGAGAUUAUGCAGCGAAUGGAGGAUGGGAGACAUUUUUGUCUUAUGAGGAUCCAGAUCAAGAUAUACUGGUCGGUCUAUUGAGACUAAGGAAAUGUGCUAAGGAUACUUACAGGCCGGAACUGAAGCCUGUACCCGGUUCGAACUUCAAGCAAUGUAGUAUCGUCAGGGAGUUGCAUGUUUACGGAUCUGUUGUACCGGUAAAUGCGAGAGAUCCGACAAAAUUCCAACAUCAAGGAUUUGGUAUGCUCCUCAUGGAGGAAGCUGAGAGGAUAGCAAAGGAGGAACAUGGUUCUGACAAAAUGGCGGUCAUAUCCGGCGUUGGAACCCGCAAUUAUUACGCUAAGAUUGGUUAUCAUUUGGAGGGACCGUACAUGGUCAAGAUGUUGUAAAUAAAUGUAUAUAACUGAAAAA